AUUAGAACAGAAGGGAAGCAGGAUACAGUCAUACAGAGGCGGCGUUCGAAGAAGGAAAGGUAGAGCAACAGCGAGAGAAGUAAGGGAAAGGAAGAAUAGAGAGGAGAAAGAUGAACAAGAAGGAGAUCUUCAAGCUAGCCAAGGGUUUCAGGGGAAGAGCGAAGAACUGCAUAAGAAUUGCGAGGGAGAGAGUGGAGAAAGCUCUUCAGUACUCUUACAGAGACAGGCGCAACAAGAAACGUGAGAUGAGGGGUCUCUGGAUCGAGCGAAUCAACGCGGGCUCUCGUCAGCACGGAGUGAACUAUGGUAACUUUGUCCACGGACUGAUGAAGGAGAACAUCCAGCUGAACCGGAAGGUCCUCUCUGAGUUAUCUAUGCAUGAACCUUACAGCUUCAAAGCACUCGUGGACGUCUCCCGCAAGUCAUUCCCUGGAAACAAGAACGUGGUCCAAGCGCCUCGUAAAGUAGACAUUUCAUCCAUCAAUGCCUAGUUAGGACCAAGUUAGCUUCAUCUCUCCCUUUUUUAUUAUCUUUCAAACAGAACACAUAACUAUUGGUUAUUUGUCUGAAUCACAUGUACGCCGGUGAUUACUAUAAAACUUCCGCAUCUUGAGAGAAUGUGUUUCGUCUUCUUA